UGACUUUUAUAAAGAUUGCUAGCCACUAUUCGAUGUAAAAAAGAAUCGACCACUUUUUGGGUUGUCGAGUUUCCAACAGUCAACAUGGCGGUUCCGGAGGUCUUUAUGCCCAUCAAGGGCUUCGUGAGAGCUGAGCUCAUCAUUAAUGUCAUCUUCGUCAUUUUGGUAUUAGGCACAAUUACGCUAAGAGUAGUCGCACGAGUUAACGGGCCGGGCCUGGGAUGGGACGACGGACUGAUUUUGUUUGCGACGCCAUUGGGAGUUGGGAUGUUGAUCUGUCAGGGCCUCUUCGCUCCAGUAGGAAACGGCUACGACCUAAUCCAAUACCCAGAGCUCGCGGUCAAUAUUCCAUUCAUUCUCCAGUUGACAUUUUGUAUGCAAAUCAUAUACGUCACACUACUCGCAUCAGUCAAAGCGAGCAUGCUGUGUUUUUUCUUGCGUGUCUUCGUCACUCCCUCCAUGCAGCGUGCGGCAUGGAUUUGCUUAGGAUUUGUGCUGGCGUGGAUGAUUUCUUACCUCGCUGCCUGCAUUUUCCUCUGCACUCCCAUCUCCGGUCAGUGGACGGGCAUUGGUAAAUGUGGCGACUACAUACCGAUGAUCCAGUCCUUGAUCGCGACAAACGCAGUCGGCGAUAUAGUCAUUAUGGCUCUACCAAUGAAGACUAUCUGGUCCUUACAGACGCGAACGACUGAUAAGAUCGGCAUCAUGUCAUGUUUUGCGCUGGGCAUUGCAUGUGUCAUUUGCGCCGUUUUCAGAUUAAUCUACAUCUCCACAGUUGAUCUUACCACGAACAUCACAGGCACAAUGCCUACGACAGUUUUCCUCUUCAUUCUGGAGCCGAACCUCGCCAUUCUCUGCGUUAGCAUCCCCAUGCUUCGACCUUUAUACACCAGAUACAGAGAGCGAACACGCGGCGCCUCGAAAUUGCAAGAAUAUUCAGAUGUGCAAACCAUCGGAGCAUCAGCAUCAGGGGGUCGAAACAAGGGCUCGGGUCAGAGAAGCAAGGGUGGGGCUACUGCAAAUGACACCUUGAAUCUCACGACUUGGGAGAUGGACGAUUACAACCCGAAGGGCAACGAGAUGAAGUACGAGUCUGCGGUGACGACGACCGGCGACGAAUCCGGAUCUGAGAAGAAUCUAACAGCUCCGUCUGAGGUUCCCAGGCACACCAUUUCGGUGGAAAAGCAAUGGACGGUCACUCAUAGUUAAAAUUGGAC